UUAUCAAAGUACUCGAGGGUUCGAGGGAUGAGGCUAUUUUUCAUCCGGUACUUGAGAUGUUUAUGCAAAAAUAAAUGUAAAUAAAUUACUUUAAAAUUAAUUCAUCACUGUGUUUGUUGAUAUUCUUAUAACUUAUACGAAAGAAGAUAAUACAUCGUUCGUUUACGUUACUUGUCAAAAUGACAUCAAAAACUGAGGUUACUCUGGAACAUUUUUAUAUAUUUAAUGGAACGUAUGCAAAGAAAGAAGGGGAGGAAGAGAAAAAAAUACUUUAUUAUUAUCCAGAAAGAGAUUUAGACGUUCAAAUAAAAAAUAUAGGGCUCAGUGAAGCAAUUAUUAAAUUUGCAGAAUCGUUUAAUCCUGGACAACCUUGUGACUAUUGUCACACGCAUAAAACGCGUCAAAUAUAUUAUCAACCAGAACCAAAUUUUUGGAUGGUUAUGAUUGUUGGAGUACCUUAUAUGUGUAAAGAAAAAGAUGGUAAUAAAUAUAUAGAAUAUCAAAAUGAUGAAGUUUCUAGCAGUGUUUGCCAAGCUAUAUUAAAACAGGCAUACGUUAUGUUCAGACUGUUCAUGGGCUCAUUCGAUACAAUCAUUAAUGAACCUGAAUGUGGCUCUAUAACAUUACUGAAACAUAAACUUGAACAUUUUUAUUCAAGAUAUAUACUGUCCUUGUUAUUUAAGAAUAACAGUGAUAUUUUGGAUGUUUUCCAAGGCUUGCAAUUUUUACCCCUUGACAAAAUAACAUUUUUACAAGUUCAGUGUUUUAUGAAUCUCAUAGAAGCUAUGUUUUCCCAAGUGAAGUAUACAGCAUUCCUUUACAAUGAUCAAGUUGUAUGGAGCGGGUUAGAACCUGAAGACAUGCAAGUAGUUUAUCAUUAUUUAGUAGGUACACUUUUACCAGCUCAUCUUGACAAAGAACUGCAUGGAGGUUCAAUGCCCAGAAAUUCCCCUUCACCAUUUACGACUUCGCAUUAUGGAAAAUUUGUUACUGGACCAUCUAGUAUUAAUGAUCCAAGUUUAAUUGGAAAAUCUCCUACAGUGUUUAUAAAUUAUUCUACAAAACCAAUCUCUUUGUAUUUAGUAGUUUAUCGAGCAUUAAGUGCCACUAUUUGCCUUUUUGUUGACAGUAAAACAAACUUAUUAAUAGAUUUCUUUAAAAGUCUUGAUAGUUUUCUUGGGCCACAAUUGACUACUCUUGUUAGUUCAGUUGCAGAACAGUGUGCUAAACAUGUAAUAGUUACACCUGAAUCUUGCACAAAAUAUUUGUAUUUUAAUAAACUCAAUUUAGCAUAUAAAAGUACAAUACAUCUUGAUAAUAGACGAUGCUCUAAUGUCCUCACAACACCUGAAGUAUUAAGAGUUAUUACGGACAUAUAUAAUGAUACAAACAAAUUAAAAGAAGCCGGUGAAAUUAUUAUAAAAACUAUGAGUGAUUAUUGGGUCAUUGGAAAAUUAUCAAAUUUAAGGGAAUUUUUCGUAGUUAUUCAACAAAAGAGUGCAAGUAUAAUUGAAAUAGAAGAUGAGGUAAAAAGACUUUGUGAGAAACAAUUAAAAAGUAUAUUUUUCCAUUAACGAACGAAGUAUCAUGUAUUUUAUAGAUUUAUCUAUUAAUGUCCCAUACUAUUUUGAAUGAAAGUUAAAUUGUUUUUUACUCUUUCAAUCAUAU